AAGUUCCAAUAGAGAAGAACUAUCCAAACAGGCCCGAGAGGGUUUUAAUGAUGAAAGCCUGGAUUUCAAAUAGAGUUCAACCUUUACCACAACCAGGGCAAUUCAAGGAAUUCAAGCGGAGAAAUUGGAAAGUAAAAUGUCCGAAAAUAGAGGAGGUCUACGAAUUUUGUUCCGAAACCUCACUGCAUGGGUUAAAGUACGUAACAGAGGAUGGUGUAAUUUGGGCUCAGCGUGUUCUUUGGGUGAUUCUUUUCAUCCUUGCUUUAGUGUUCUUGGUCUUUCUAACUACACCACUAUUCAACAAGUAUAUUGAUGCUCCAACAUUCACUUCAAUAGAUACAACAAACUAUCCAAUAUCAAACAUUAAAUUCCCUGGGGUUACAGUCUGCUCAAAUAUUAGGGUUUCCAGAAAUCAGUUCUAUGAAGAAUGGAAGAGAAUGCCGUGGAGAGUAUUACACCAUGGUCAUGUUGAUCUGGGAAAAAUUGUAAUGCAGCACAUCAAGUUUAUCUCAGAUCCUGCAGUUAUGGAAGAAACGUUCAUCCAAACUGUGUCUUGGAAACAAAUGUUGGAACUGUUUUUUCCCACGCUGAUGUACAAGGAGGAGACUCCAACGCCUGAAUUUCCGUAUGUUGAUCCAUAUUCAUAUUGUUAUGCGGAAGGAAAUGCCUACAGCGGAAAAUAUUGGAAAUGCCGUUAUAAAGUGAAGAGUUCCUACACAUCCUACCGGUACAGUGGACCUCUAAAAGGAUGAAUUUGUACUUAACAACCUUGGAACAGCAAACAACUUUUUUCAAGGAUUUGAGGUUCUUGUUCAUCCUCCAUUUGAGUUCCCAGAAGUAUCCAAGAAAAGUAUUGCGGUUCCAUUGGGAGCUGAAACUUUUAUUGGUGUAUCAUCACAAGUUACAAUAUCAUCUGACAGUGUUAAAGACAUGUCUCCAUCAAGAAGAAAUUGUUUACUACCCGAAGAAACUAAUGUUCCGGAAAUGAAAAUUAAGUUGGAAGCAUUUGAUGUUUACAAUCAGGCUAACUGUCUGAUUGAAUGUGCUGCUGCUGCAAUGUUAAAGCUGUGUGGAUGUGUACCGUACUACUUUCCAACCUUACCUAAACCAUUUAUACAAGCUAAUAUUAAGAUGGGAAAUUAUCCAGAAAGUUCUGGAUUUUGCCAUUACGAAAACCUGGUUUGUCUCAGCAAUAA